CCUGUAGAAGAAGACAGCGGCAUUUAUGAGAUCGUUGCUUCCACCGGCUCCAGGACUUCACAAUUUUCAUUCAAACUCCUCAUUGAAGUCAUGUUCCCGGUGCUGCCACAGUCAGUUCAGGCUCCACUGAUUUGGCCCCAGAGGGAGAGUAUGGAGGUGUCUCUGCACUCCACUUUCAGACUCACAUGUCGAGGUCAAGCCGAGCUCUCCUGGAAUGGCCCUGUUUUUAUUGAUGACCAGACCAACAGUGUAAAGAAAGGACUCUUUAUUAGCACUGUGACAAUUAGCAAUGCCACAGCUGUCCAUACAGGAGAGUACGUCUGCUCUUCUGAACCCUUCAACAGCACUGAGUCCACCAUCUACAUUUAUGUGCCAGAUCCACAAACCCCAUUUGUGCCGUCCAUGACCCCGUUUGAAAACCACGUGCUGACGAGUUAUGAUGAAAUGGAGAUUCCCUGCCGUGUGACGGAUCCCAGUGCCAGCGUCUCUCUCAUCCACAUGGAGACCGAUCAAGUUAUGCCCAGCGCCUACGACAGCAAGAGAGGAUUCAUCGGGCUCUUCGGCGCUGGGACGUAUGUCUGCCGAGCCCUCAUUCAUGGACAGAAUCAUGACAGCAUUGAGUACAUUGUUCAUGGAUGGACAGGAGGGUCUGAUUUGCGAGUGGAGCUGCGGGCAGUGAAGAGAACUCUGCUGGUGGGUGAGACUAUCACUGUUGACUGUGUAGCCAAAGGCAGUGAGAUGCUGGAGGACCACUGGAAAUACCCUGGCAAACUGGCUAAUCGUGGAACAAAGACUGUAAAGGAGAAUAAGCUAAAUCUGGAGAUCUAUUAUACUCUGACAGUGACUAAUGCCUCACCAAAAGACAGCGGCAUCUAUGCCUGCUCCAUCACUGACAUCAUGAGCAACGAGAGCCAAACCAAAGAGCUGACUAUUACUGUCUAUGAUCAUGAAUUUGUCCACAUCAAUCCAUUGAUCGGUCCAGUGGAAACUGCCAGGCUGGACGAGGUGCCAGAGUUUAAAGUGGACAUAGAGUCUUUCCCUGCACCCAAAGUUACAUGGUUAAAGGACAGCGCUGUCCUGGGAGAUGAUACUGCAGAGAUCAGCACCAACCUCCUCAAAAUCGGCGAGACCAGUUACAAGGGUGUGUUGAACCUGAUCAGAGCUAAAGCAGAGGACAGUGGAAACUACACCGUCAAGGCAGAAAUAGGCAGCAUAAGUACCAGCUACAGUUUCUACCUUCAGGUUAAAGUUCCCCCUGUGAUUGUGGACCUGAUCGACGUCCAUCAUGGUUCUGCUGCGGGUCAGGAAGUGGUAUGCACUGCUGGCGGCUCCCCAUUCCCUGAAGUGGACUGGUAUAUCUGCAAAAACCUUAAACACUGUGCCAAUGAUUCCUCCCAGUGGAUGCCACUUCCGAUCAACUCGACGGACAUCACAGUGGAACUGCAAAUGAAUGUGGACAACCACAUUGAGAGCCACAUUAUUUUCCACCAUCUUGAGGGCACAGUCGCUGUGCGCUGUCUGGCCAGGAAUGACAUGGGUGUUGUUUCACGGGAGGUUAAACUCAUGUCAAGUGGUCCGCAUUCGGAGCUCACUGUGGCUGCUGCGGUUCUGGUGCUGCUGGUCAUUGUCAUCAUCUCACUCAUUGUGCUGGUCAUUAUAUGGAAACAGAAACCACGUUAUGAGAUUAGAUGGCGCGUGAUUGAAUCAGUCAGUCCGGAUGGGCACGAGUACAUCUAUGUCGAUCCCAUGCAGCUUCCAUAUGAUUCCCGCUGGGAGUUCCCUCGGGAUGGACUCGUUCUGGGUCGCGUCCUGGGUUCAGGAGCUUUUGGUAAAGUGGUGGAGGGUACUGCUUAUGGACUAAGCCGUUCUCAGCCUGUGAUGAAAGUUGCUGUGAAAAUGCUUAAGCCGACCGCCCGUUCCAGUGAGAAACAAGCUUUGAUGUCAGAGCUGAAAAUCAUGACCCAUCUGGGCCCUCACCUAAACAUUGUUAACCUUCUGGGAGCGUGUACCAAAUCAGGACCAAUCUACAUUAUAACAGAGUAUUGUUUCUAUGGAGAUCUGGUGAAUUACCUUCAUAAGAACAGAGAUGGGUUUCUCAGCCGGCACACAGAAAAGGGAAAGAAAGAUCUAGACAUCUUUGGCAUCAACCCAGCCGAUGAGAGCAGCAGGAGCUAUGUCAUCCUGUCUUUCGAGGGGAAAGGUGAUUAUAUGGACAUGAAGCAGGCAGACACCAUGCAGUACGUCCCCAUGCUGGAAAUGAAUGAAGCCUCAAAAUACUCUCCCAUCCAGAGAUCAGACUACGAUCAUCCUCCCUCUCACAGACAAUUCAAUGAUGAAGCAGAGAGUCUUCUAUCAGAUGACAGCGCUGAAGGCCUGACCACGAUGGACCUCCUCAGUUUCACCUAUCAAGUGGCUCGAGGGAUGGAGUUUUUGGCCUCUAAGAAUUGUGUGCACCGAGACUUGGCUGCACGAAAUGUCCUGCUGUCUCAAGGCAAGAUAGUGAAGAUCUGUGACUUUGGACUGGCAAGAGACAUCAUGCACGAUAACAACUAUGUCUCCAAAGGAAGCACGUUUCUUCCAGUGAAGUGGAUGGCUCCUGAAAGUAUUUUUGAUAAUCUCUACACAACGCUGAGUGAUGUCUGGUCUUAUGGCAUCUUAUUAUGGGAGAUCUUCUCUCUCGGAGGGACGCCUUAUCCCGGCAUGGUUGUGGAUUCCAGCUUCUACAACAAGAUCAAGAGUGGAUACCGAAUGACCAAACCUGAGCAUGCGUCCAGUGAUGUCUAUGAGCUCAUGAUGAAGUGCUGGAACAGUGAACCGGAGAAGAGACCAUCUUUCCACAGUCUGAGUGAUACAGUGGCAUCUCUGCUGCCCUCAGGAUUUAAGAGGUGUUAUGAACGUGUGAAUCAUGACUUCCUGAAGAGCGAUCACCCUGCUGUGACUCGGGUGCAGUGCAUUGACAAUGACGAUGCCUACAUGGGUGUGCUCUACAAAAACCAGGGCAAAAUGAAGAACCGUGAGAGUGGCUUUGAUGAACAGAGACUCAGCUCUGACAGCGGCUACAUCAUUCCUCUGCCAGACCUGGAUCCACUUUCUAACGAAGACUACAGCAAGAGGAACCGCCACAGCUCUCAGACAUCGGAGGAAAGCGCGAUAGAUACAGGCUCUAGCAGCUCCACGACCAAGCGUGAGGGAGAGACUCUGGAGGACAUCACCUUGCUGGACGAGAUGUGCUUGGACUCAGGAGACCUGGUGGAGGACAGCUUCCUGUGAGAGAAAGAUGCAAAGAGAGAGAAACAGACAUCUGCAGACUUUUCAUUCCAAGUGCACAGAUCUCUCUCUGCGUCAUCUUGUCACUUUUUCUUCACCUCAGUCUUAUGGAGCCCUUAGAAAAAGAAGACUUUUGAUACGUGAAUGUCAUUGAUGUUUUUUUUUUGGAUGAGACAUCGCCCUCUACAGGUCUGGAGGAAUGAGCAGGACUCUAUGAGCACUCUUGAAGAGGCUCAGUCUAAUGGAGCCAAGACCAACGAAGAGGAGAUUUAUCUUUCUGUGUAUCGUUUCUCUGUGUUUGUGCGUGAGAGUGAAUUGUGCGAACUUUAUUUUUGACGGGCAUUCUGAUCAGCAAUAUAAGCAUGUCUUUCAUAUUAAUGACCUGGGUUGUUUCACAACUGCUACCUUUCAAAUGAAUCCAUCUGAGCUAUAAAGAAAACCACUACAGAGAUUAAAAAAUGGGUCAAUGUGGCUUCUAUUUUAGAC